AAUCCAAAAUCAUAUCUUUUUCUCAGUUGCCGACUCUUCCAUUAUCAAUUCCAAAGGCUCGCGCAUUGAAGUUCAAUUUCCCUAUCAACAUCAGAAGAAACCCUUGAUUCCACAAAUUAGGGUAUCUCAAACGCUUUAAGAUGCCGGCCACCGCAGGGAGGGUUCGUAUGCCCGCGAACAACCGGGUGCAUAGUAGCGCCGCCUUACAAACCCAUGGGAUUUGGCAGAGUGCAAUUGGAUAUGAUCCUUAUGCGCCCAAUAAAGAUGAUUCCAAAUAUUCAUCGGGUCAGGUGACUGCCGCUGCAGAACCCGAUGGUGAAAACGCAUACGCUAGCUUUCAAGGGCUUUUAGCACUUGCCCGAAUCACUGGUUCGAACGCCGAUGAGGCUCUUGGAGCUUGUAGGAAAUGUGGGCGUGUUGGGCAUCUUACUUUUCAGUGUAAGAAUUUCGUGAGUUUGAAGGAGAGUAAGGAGAAAGACCCCGAAGUGAUCCAGGCCGCGGUUCUGAAUGGACUGGAUAAGUUGAAAGGAGGGAAAGUAAAUGGGAAGGAGGUGGAGGGCGAGGACGAGGAGAGUGAGAGUUCGGAUUCUGAUGUCGAUUCGGAGAUUGAGAGGAUUAUUGCUGAAAGAUCUGGGAAGAAGGUUAUUAGCAAAGGGAGGAAGUCAUUAAAGAAAAAGACGAGUGGUGAGGAUGAUAGUUCGGAUUCAGAUCUUGGGGAGAGAAAGAAGAGAGGGAGGUCAAAGAAAAGGAGUAGUAGGAAAAGAGCAACUCGUGAUUCUGAUGAUGAGAAGGAAAGUAGGAGGAAAAGGUGGAAAGAGAAGAGAAAGAAGAGGGAUGAAUCUUCAGAUGAGGAUGAUGAUCGACGUCAUACGAAAAGAAAGAGUAGGAAGGAGAAGAGGAGAAGAAGAAGCCAUAGGCAUCCUGAUGAUUCUGAAUCAUCGGAUGUGUCUGACGAUUCUGGUAAACGGCAUAGGAGGAAGAGCCAGAGGCACGAGUCCCCCUCUGAUUCUGAUGUUAGUGGUUCGGAUGAUUUGCGGGUUGGAAGAGGUGCAAAGAGGUCUGAGAAGAGCAGCAGGAAACGCCGUCACGAAGACGAUGAGUAGAGGCUUGUUAGAAAAAGUAAUACUUGUUCAUCAAUCCCCCAAGCUAUUGAUGGCUUUGUCAGUACUAUCCCUGGACUAUGUUUACAUAUAAGAUUCUAUAUAGUUAACAAUUUAGCAUAUUUUAAGGUGUAUUUGGAACUUACUUUUAUCUAGGGCUGCCUGCGGUUUUUCCUCUUAUUCCAAGUGAUUGUUUUCUUCUAGAAGUUAUUGAUAUUGGCUUUGGUUUAAGAAAUCGAUAAUGGUAUUUUCAGAGGUUCAAUGAUGGGGUGUUCUGCAUGAUUGAUUUCACAGUUGCUCAUCAGUUUUGGUAUGAUAUAUAUUUUUUAUGUAACAAAUUAGCAAAUAGAAGAGAUGAAGAAAACAGAAUGUUUGAUUGAGGCUUUACUACGUUUACUGAUAUCAAAUGAUAAUUGUGGAAGUUUUAGUGUGGAAGGUCUCAAGUGAGGAGGUUCGAGCUCUGCCUUGCAAGAUGCUGAAAGGGAUUGGAUUACUUUGGGUUUUCAUGUCUUCCUUGAGUGACCUCCAAAUUUAUCUCUGUAUCUUUCUAAACAUCAAUAAAUCACUGCCACCUUGCCUCCCACAUCUCUAUAUCCUUGUAGAGCUACGUUUAUUUAUAUAUUGCCCUUAAAUUGCCUGCUAUCCUUUGCUUAGAAACCUCUCUUGCAUCAAAUAAUGUUUGAAUACGUCACUUCUUCCUUUUCUCAAAUGGAAUUCUCUGGGAAAAUUUAUAAAUCAACAUAUGACUGCAUAUGUUACUUCGUUUUGCUUGUUAAAUACCUAUCAAGCAUCUUUCGUGCCAGUUAAGGUCAAUGGCUGAAGAAUCUUUAAACAUAUUGUUUAUUACUAGAUUUAUUUUGCAAUGAGUUGCAAAUCAUUCGUUUAAAACCGAGAUACGUACCACUUUUGAAAGGGAUUCAACGUCUUAUAUUCUGCUUUUUGUCGAUUUUGCAGUGAUUCAAAAGAAUGGAUAUAAAGUUUGUGCUAGAAGUUGUUGAUGUAUUGGAGGACAAGAUUCUAUUAUUCAUUUGUUAUCGUGCGUAAUAUUCAAAACAUGUUGUAGGUACGCCUCUUUGAAACCAGAAAAAAAGAAAGAUGUAAAAGAAUUUGCAGUAUGUCUCGUGUUGCUGGGGAGGUGUUCAAUAUCCUGUACUGAGCAUGGGAUACUAAUAUAAGAUUGUUAUGAACAAGUGCUUGUUCUUUGAAGUUGUUGCUGUUAAAUUUGGUUAUCUUUUUGUCAUCUUUGUGUAGGCAAUUGCUGGG